GCUUACAUUCAUUCAUUAGAUUCUGGAUGAAUGAUUAAAGUUUAAAUAAUUUUCAAUUUUUUAUUUAUAUCUAUUAAAUUGUUUUAAAGAGUUCUAUUAUAAUGGGCUCAGUUGAAGAAUUAGAGACAGAAAUAAAGACUGUAGAAAAGGAAUUAACCAAUGUAGAAAUUGAAAUAGCUAAAUGGAAGGACAAGCAGCGUAAAUUACACGAGAAGAAAACCGCGCUGAAGAAUGCUAUAAACAAAUUAAAAUCAGACAGCUUGGCCAGUGUAGACUGGGCUGGAACACAAUACGAAUGGUCAAAUAAAGUAAAGGAGAUCUUACAGGAUGUAUUUAAAAUAAGAACAUUUCGACCCAAACAGUUAAGUGCGAUAAAUUCAACUUUGUCAGGUCAACAUGCAAUUGUUGUUAUGCCUACUGGUGCCGGCAAAAGUUUGUGUUACCAGCUGCCGGCCUUGGUUAAACCUGGCCUUACGCUCGUAAUUUCACCCCUUGUAUCAUUAAUGGAGGAUCAAGUGAGAUCUCUAACUAAAAAGAACAUUCCAGCAAAACUCAUGACUAGUACAUCUUCAAAAGAGGAAACCUCUAUCGCCUUAAAUAUUUUGAAGGACAAAAAUGCCCCUGUUCAAUUACUGUACGUGACGCCUGAGAGACUAGCCAAAAGCAAAAGAUUUAUGUCCAAUUUACAGAAAUGCUAUGCUGAUGGCCGAUUGCAAAGGAUUGCUAUAGAUGAAGUGCACUGUUGCUCACAGUGGGGGCAUGAUUUUAGGCCUGAUUAUAAAUAUCUUGGUAUAUUAUCAAAUAUGUUUCCAAAUGUACCUAUUCUAGGAUUGACUGCCACUGCCACUGCACAUGUAUUGAGCGAUGUUCAGAAAAUACUGAAUAUUCCUGGAUGCUUAGUAAUUAAAUCUACUUUUAAUCGUCCUAAUUUAUACUAUAAAAUAUUAGAGAAGCCAUCAUCCCAAGAUAACUGCUUAACAAUUCUAGAGAAACUCCUGAAGUACAGAUACAAAGGAGAAAGUGGCAUAAUAUAUACUCACAGUAUUAAAGACUCUGAAGAUAUAGCUGAUGGAUUACGUAAAAGAGGUCUAAAAGUUGGGUGUUAUCAUGCAAAUAUGGAAGCAGCAUCUAGAUCAAAUGUUCAUACAAAGUGGCAUGACAAGUAUUAUCAAGCUAUUGUAGCAACAGUAGCGUUUGGAAUGGGUAUAGAUAAACCUGAUGUUAGAUUUGUAAUACAUCACACAAUAAGUAAGUCUAUGGAGAACUACUACCAGGAGAGUGGUAGAGCAGGUCGGGAUGGUCUGAGAGCUGAGUGUGUGACAUUAUAUAGAAUGCAAGACAUCUUUAAAGUAAGCACCAUGGUGUUCUCCUCAAUUGGAAGUUUAGAACAUUUGUAUGGCAUGAUUAAAUACUGCCUUAAUGGAACAUUGUGUAGAAGGCAAUUGAUAGCCGUACAUUUUGAUGAGGAUUGGGGUAAUACAGAUUGCAAUAAAAUGUGUGAUGUAUGUAGUAACCCUAACAAUAACACCAAAGAAAUAAAUCUUGAAACACAUUGUAAAACACUAGCCAGUAUCAUAGACAAUGCAGAAAAGAUAGACACUAAGUUAACAGCACAAAAAUUGCUGGAUGCAUGGUUUCUAAAAGGGAGUGUAAGUUUAAGGCAUAAGGGCAAGGAGCCAAAUUUUUCACGAAGUAUAGGUGAAGAUGUGAUAGCUUAUUUAUUAAUUGAAAAUUAUCUAGUUGAAGAUUUUCAUUACACUGCAUAUUCUACAAUAAGUUACAUAAAGAAAGGACCCAAUAUGGAUUUAAUAGAAGAUAAGGAUUUUGUAUUAUGCAUGCCAGUGAGAAAAUACUCAUCUUUUGAAUUUACAUCCCCGGCUCCGAAGGAUCAUAAUGUGGCAACAGUAAUAGUAUCUGAUGAUGAAAAUGAAACGAAGAAAAGGAAAUUAAAAGAUACUAAUAGUGAAACUAAACCAAAAAAAUCAAAAACAAUGAUUAUAGAAUCAGAUGAUGAUGAUUAAAAUAAUAAAAUGAUCACACAAAAAUGCUUUAUUUAAAAUAUAAUUUUCAUAUUCAUAUUAUGUUAUUUAGAACAGAAAAUGUUGGUAGGUGUGAGUUUACUAUAAU